UGAAUAUACCGGAAACAAAAUAGGAAUGUUGUGUGGAAGUGUGUGGCGACAGAACGUUGAUUUUUGGAAAUUAAACUGUAACUGUUAGUCAACACGAGUAAUUUUCUGUUUCAAUCAGAGUAGCUACAAAUAUAUCGCCGACAAUAUGACCACAAUGAGAAUUAAGUCUGAUCAAGAAAUCAGGGAACUGCUGGAUGGGUAUGGAAUUAAGCACGGGCCUGUCGUUGAGUCUACAAGACACCUGUAUGAGAAGAAGCUGAAAGAGGCCAUGGCCAAAGACAAGGUCACCGUGACUAAACCAUCCCCAGACAGAACCUUCUACAGAGAGGAGCGGGAAGAAGUCAGCUACGUUAACUAUCGGACACCAGUUAGAAGUGAGUGGCCUUCUGGAGAUGGGGAACCCUACAUGAGGUCAAGACCAGAGUACAGUGACAGGGACUUGGUGGAUGAGAAACUCUAUUCAAGAUCAAGGCCAGAGUACAGCAGCGGAAGACAGUACGUUGAUGAGCCCCAUGUCUACAACACACCGUCAUCCUCCUCCUCGUCCUACUCCAAACCAACGCCUGUGGUGAAGCCUGGAGGUGGCGUUGUGAAGGCGGAAAGAAAAGCGAGCUCUGGGAGACUGAUCCCUCUCUGGAUCCAGUUCCUGGUCUUCCUGAUUGUAGCUGGCUUCCUCUACUUCUUAUUCACUAGCAUGGAGUCCGCAGAGAGUAGCCCCUUUAACAGAAUCCAAUGAUCAAAUGUACAGAUAAAUGUAAAUCUGGGACGUGUUCAUUAGGCAAGAAACGGAAGUAAACGGUCCAAGAUGGGGGAAGUACUAUUUGAACUUGUCCUGUAAGAAUCAAUCGUUUUCCAUUUGAACAAUUUUGUUUUUAAAUGUUUCACUACGUGUGUCCUAAUGAAUACGACAAAGUUUUUAAAUAUUUUACGAAUAUAUUAUGGCACAUCCCAUGCCUGCCAUUCUUUUAACUAUUUUUGUGUGUUCUUUAUAUAAGGUGACUGACAUUGGGUGCUGGUAACUUUACUAUUGGUGAAAGGAAAGCGAUUAACGUUUCCUUCCAUCCCAACUCCUAUGUAGUUACUAGAUGGUGAUGUAUAGUAUUGUGUUUUAUCAUACAACUACCUUACCAAAAUAGGAUGCUUCUACUAUGGGUAAUAGUGAUGCCACUUUUUUACUCACAGUACUAUCUUGAUCAUCUUCACAAAUGUAUAAUGCCCACAGUAAAUGCAUUUACCAAAUACUAUAUAUCAAUCAGAAAUACUACGAUUUGGUACUGGCUAUUUGGUAUGACUUGGUACUGGCUAUUUGGUAUGACUUGGUACUGGCUAUUUGGUAUGACUUGGUAAUGACAUUAAAAUUCUAAAUGAAGUGCCUUAGCAUUUUGAACUGUUAAUGAUUCUAUCCAUAUACAUUUAUAGAAAUGCAAUUGCUGUGGUCGGUGUAUUGUCAUUUUUAAAUGUUUGGUGUGUAAUGUGAGUUGUGGUUUUGUUAGAUGUUCUGGUGUUACUCCUGACUUCACCAUAAUACAUGCCACUGCUUCCUGCUUUUUUUUUUUUUUUUUUUAAAUGUUUCUACACCUCCAGUAUCAUUUGUAAUACUCACUUUCUUAACGUUUCCAGACACUGUUUUAUCAGAGAUCACUUUGGUCACACAAUGUUUAUAAAGCAUCCCAUAUGGCACACUAUUCCUCUAUAGCCAAUAGGAAAAUGGCACACUAUUCCUCUAUAGCCAAUAGGAAAAUGGCACACUAUUCCUCUAUAGCCAAUAGGA